AUGUCAACCAUUGGGGCAUUUAUGGAGGGCAUCCUGAAGGGUCCCUCAGCAGCUCCCCCUCCUAAGCCGGAGAAGCCGUGGUAUAAGCGCUCUGAAGUGCAGGCCGGCGGCGGCGCGGCCGCGGGCGGCGUCCUGGCGGUGGCGCUGGCCGCGGCACUGCUGAAGAUUGCCCGCAAGGGCGGCAAGGGCGGGCAGGGCGGCAGCAAGCACAACAGGACAGCGGCUGACAAGCUCGCGCCUACACUGACCUCCAACACAGCUGCAGCCGCGGCGCAGGUCGAGAAAGCGGCUCCCUCGCCUGCGGGCGCUGUGUCCCAGGUAGCAGUCGGCGCGUCCCAGGCCCCGAGCAAGGCGGCCGCGGCGAUCGAUGCAAACAAGGCUGCCGCCGCCGCUCCGGCUGCUGCUGCCAAGCCUGCCGCAACCUUCGCAGAACAGGCCUCGGCCGACCCUGAGGCGGCCAAGGACGCGGCAGCAUCUGCCGCAAAGGACACGGCCUCCAAGAGCAAGCAGGCAUUCAACAGCAAGGCGCUCACCGGCAGCUUCAUGCGCGCCUUUUCCAAGAAGGGCGCCGCCGCCGAUGACGCUGCUGGCGCGGCGGCCGGCCGUGUGGGCGCACCGGCGGCGGCGGCGACGGCAACGGCGGCGCAGGGGCAGGCGACCGGCGCGUCCGCAGCCGCGGGCACACUGAGCAGCCGCCUGGGACGCGUGCUUUCCAAGCGCGGCCAGCCCGCCGUGUAA